AUGAUUAAAAAUGUAAAAAUUUUGGCAUUAAUAUUAUUAUUCUCUCAAAUAGUAUUAGAAAAAUAUACUUAUUUAUGUAUUAAGAGAAGUAAUAUUUUUAAUUCUAAAAGCAAGGAUAAAAUUUUUAAUAAAACAUUUGAUUUAUUUUUUUUUUUACAUACAAGAUAUAAAUUUAAAUAUGUAAAUAAAUUAUAUGAAAAUAAAAAAAAUAUAAAAGAUAUAAAAGAUAUUAUUAAAGAAUCCAUAAAUUUACCUGUUCAGUUUUUACCAACAACAUAUAAUAGUUUUGAUAGACAAAUAUUUAUUCAAAAUUUAUGGAAUAAAAAGCAGAUAUAUGAAAAUAGAAACUUAAAAAAUAUUAAAAAAUGUAUAUAUAAUUAUUAUAAUAAAGAAAAAUUAUUAAAUAAUGAAGGGUGUAAAAAUAAAGAGAAUAAUAUAUUUAACAACCAAGAAACAUUAAUAAACGAAUUUAUCCAAGAGAAGAAAAUCUUAAUUAACUUUAGAAAAGAAAAUGUCUUGAAAUAUAUUGAAAAAGAAAUUAUAACAAAAAAUAAUAAUCGUACUUUUUUAAAUAAAUUUCAAGAGAUAAUAGAAGAUAAUAACAAAAAAAAGACAUACAUAGAAAAGAAUAAAAAAAAUAUUAUAUUAAAAUUAUACGAGAAAAUAAUAAAAAAAAUAAAAAUUAUACAUGAUGGGCCACCAUAUGCAAAUAAUGAUAUACAUAUAGGGCAUAUAUUAAAUAAAAUAAUCAAAGAUAUAUAUUUAAAAUUUCUUUUAUUUCAAAAUUUUUUUGUUUUACUUAUUCAUGGUUUUGAUACUCAUGGAUUACCUAUUGAAUACAAUGCAUUGAAACUAUUAAAAAUAAACAAUAUAGAGGAAUUAAAUUUAAACUCAUAUCCUAUAGGAAAAGCAUAUAUAAAAGAACACAAAUUUAAAAUAGACAUAUUGAAUAAAAUAAAAAAUGAAUCUCAAAAGAAAGAUUUUUUUCUUCUUAGUUUAUUUAAUAAAAUUAAAUCAAUCAAAAAUGAUGUAUUGCAAAAAAAGAUUAAAUAUUUUAAAAAUUUAUGUAGAUGUUAUUCAUCUUAUUUUGUAAAUGAACAAUUAAUAUCUUUAAUUUCUUAUGGUAUAUGGGGGUAUUGGAAUUAUUCAUAUAUCACAUUUUAUAAGUUAUAUGAAAAAAUUCAAUAUAAGGUUUUUCAGAAUCUUUUAAAACAUAAAUAUAUUUAUAUUAGCAACAGACCAAUAUACCAUAGUUAUGCAACAAAGACCGUUUUAUCAGAUAGUGAAAUAAUCUAUAAAAAAAGAGUUUGUAAUUCUUUUUAUUUUUUUUAUAGUUUUUGCAGAAUAAGUGAUAAACUUUUACUACAUAUUUUAAAAGAAUUUAAAGAAAAUAAAUUAUUAAAUGAAAUUUUUCAGUUUAAUGAAGAAGAAAUGGAAUUUUAUUCUCAAAAAUUGAAUUCAUUUUUAACAUAUAUAGAUUUAAAAAAAAAAGAUGAUGAUUAUUUUAAUAAAUUAAAAAGUCAAAUAAUAUAUAAAUUAAUAUCAAAUUUAAAAAUUUUAAUUUUCACAACACAAAUCCAUACCAUUUUUAAUAACAAAAGCUUACUAAUACAUGAAGAAUAUUUAUAUAGAAUUGUAAAAGUAAAUUUUGAAAAUGGUAAAAGUCUUUUCUUUAUAAUAAGUGAUAAAUCAUUUGAUAAUUUUUAUGAAAAUCUAAACAAAUACUAUUGUAAAAAACCAGCAGUGAUUGGAAUACAGAAUAUUAGUACUUUGAAGGGAGAAUAUUUUCAUUCAUGCAAAUAUAUCAAUUUUGUUGAUAAUAAAGAAAAUAAUUUUAUAUUUGUUUCAAAAAAUGAAAUUAAUGAAUUUUUUGGUACAGGUAUUGUUCAUGUGUCUCCUUCUCACGGUUUUAUAGAUUAUAAUUUAUAUUAUAAAAGAAAUAAGCUAAAAAAGGUAUAUUUAAGUGAAAAACAUUUUUUAGAAAUAAAAAAAAAAAAAUCAAAUGAUUACUAUUAUGAUAACUUGCAGUUAAAAAAAAGACAACAAUGUGAUACAAGUAGGAAUUAUAUGAUUUAUAAUAUUCUUAAUAAGAACACUAAUCAUAUAAUAAACUAUAAAACUUUAAAUAAGAAAAAAAAAAAAAAAAAAGAAUUUCCUUUGGAUGUUAUUAACCAAAACGUUAUUGAUGAAAAUGAUGAUUUGAAAGAAGAAUAUAAGCAAAUAAUUAUAAAAAAUAUAAAAAAUAAUAUUCAUUUGAUGAAAAAUAAUGAAAAUAAUUAUGAAGAAAACAUAUUAAGUAACUUGCAAAAUAAUAAAAUAAAUAUAAAUAAAAAGGAUACACAUUUAUUAUUUUUUUAUUCAUUUUAUCAAAAUAUACUUUUUUAUUUUCCAUAUGAACAUUCAUACACAUUCGACUGGAGGUCGCACACAACUGUUCAUAUAAAGUCACUAUUACAAAUUUAUAUAGAUAUUGAAAAAGUGAAAAACGAUUUAUUUUUUAAAAGUAUAAACAAAAUAAAAUUUAUUAAUAAUCAUAAUAAAAAAAAUUUGAUAAAAACUAUAAAAGACAGAAAAGAAUGGUGCUUAAGUCGUCAGAAAUAUUGGGGAUUGAACAUUCCUUUAAAGGAUAUUAAUUUAAAUAAUGAAUAUAAAAUUAGUUUUAAAAAACAGAUAAUGGAUGUAUGGUUUGAUUCAUCUAUCUCAUAUUUAUACGUUUUUUAUAUGCUUAAGCAUAUUUUAUUUAAUAUUUAUUUUAAAAAAAUAAUUUUAUCACUUAAAAAUAUGAAUUCAAAUUCAACAGAAAAAAGAAAAAUAAUUUUACUAAAAAAGUAUAGUAAUAAAAAUAAUUUUUCAUUUAAUAUAUAUGAUAUUUACGAUGAGAUAAUGAAAAAUAAAAACAAUAACUUUAAUUCUUCCAAUCAGAAAGUUUUUUUAAAAAAUAUAUUAGAAAAAAAAAAAAUAUUUGAUCCAACUAAAAUGUAUAAAUGGGUAAUAAAUCAAAUUUACAAUAAAAAUAACUAUUUUAAGUUACAAAAUUUGAACGAUAUACUUUUUUUAAAAAAGAAAAGGCACAAAGAAUUUUUUAAAAAUUCUCCUGAGAUACAUUUAUGUUGUGAAGGAAUUGAUCAAAUAAGAGGAUGGUUUCAAUCCUUUUUUUUUAUUUUUUUUUCUUUGAAUACAAUUAGAAAAAAAAAACUGAAACAUUCAAUUAAUAAUUUACCUAUUAAAAAUGUUAUCAUACAUAAUUAUGUGGUUGAUCAAAAUAAUAUUAAAAUGAGUAAAAGUUUAAAUAAUGUUAUAACACCUAGAGAAUUAUUUUUAAAGUGUGAUCGCGAUAAAAGUAAAAAUCCCAUUUAUAUUAAAACAAGUAAAGAUAAAAAAAAAAAAAAUAAUUCUAUCAAGGAAAAUAUAAGUAAUAAAAAUACAAACAGAGAAACAUUAAACAAUAAUAUAGAGAAUAGAGAUAAUAAAAGAGUAGAUAAAAUAGUAGACGAAAAUCCAACUGAUAAAAGUACAGAUAAUGAAAGUUUAAUUAAAAAACCAAUAGAAAAAAAAGGAGAGCUAAAUAAAAGGUUUAAUGCAGACAUAGUUCGAUUAUGGUUAUGUUGUUACAAUUUUGUUAAUAAAAAUGUAGCUGUUAGUUUUGAAAUAUUGGAAAAUAUAAAUAAAUAUAUUUACUUAAAAAUUUACAAUACUUUUAAAUUUCUAUUGAAUAAUAUAUAUGAUUUAAAUUUUUCUGAUAAUAAAUUAAAAUUCAGAGAUAUUCAAAUUAUGGAUAAAUUCAUUUUAUACAAAAAAGAUAAUUUAAUUAAACAUUGUAUAAAUGCUUACAAAAAGAUAAAAUUACAGUUGGUUUUAAAAUUUAUUAUGAAUUUUAUAUAUAGAGAUUUAGCUAUUUAUAUUGAUUAUAGUAAAGAUAGAUUGUAUAUAAGUAAAAAAAAUUCUAUAAGUAGAAAAAAUUGCCAAAAAAUUUUUUAUAGAAUAUUAAUUGGACUAUUAAAAUUGUUAGCUCCUAUAAUACCACAUUUAUGUGAAGAUAUAUAUUACAAUAUUCAGAUUUUAAAAAAAAAAAAAAAAAUAAAAUCAAUUUUUUUACUUCAAUUUCCAGCAUAUAAGAAUUAUAAAGAAGUUAAUUUAGAUAUUUUAUUUUUAAUAAAAUACUACAUUCAUAAGCAAAUAAAUCUUAACUUUUCAAACUCGUUACAAGCAAUAGUCUAUAUUUAUUCGGAUAAUAAGGAUGUUAUAAAUUUAUUAAAAAAAUUCUUGAAAACGUCAAACCCUUUGGAAAAUUUUACCAAUUAUGACGAUUUACGUUUUCUCUUCAAUAUAUCUAAUAUUUAUAUAUGUAAUGAUUUAAGUGAAAUUGAGAGUAAAGAUAAAAAUUAUAAAACAUAUAAAAUUCCUCCCUUAAAUUUUAAACAUAUGAAUGAAAAUCAAAAUUUGGAUUUCUUUUUUCAAAAAAGUUACAAAAAUAAUUUUCAAGACAUGAUAAAUUUUGAUGAAAAAUCAAAAUAUUCAUACAUUCAUAUAGGAAUAACUAAAACUGAAUCAAAAAAGUGCUCCAGAUGUUGGAUGUAUGGAACGGUCAGUUUAUUCGAAGGAGAAUUUUUUUGUCCCAGAUGUUUAGAUGUUAUCAAAACAUAUUUUAAGUAA